GAGAGAGCCCCGUGAGUGAGAUCUGCGGAAUGGUGUGGAGCGGCAGCCGCCGGCUGGAGUGCGCGGCCUCGCUGGGCUUCCCCUGCGCGCAUCGCUGCGAGUCACAUGACCCGUCCGGAGGCUGAGGCUGACAGAAAAGCGCUCCGCUCCAGCCGCCACCGCCAUACUCUCUUUUAUACCAUAUCAUUUUUAUCGCAACAUUUUACUCCCGCUCGGUGAGUACCUUUCCGAUGGCGUUUUUGUACACACAUUUUUGUCUUUUUAAUUAUAUUUUUUUUAUGUUUUUCCUCCCCCUUUUGCUGGUGUUGAAAAAUGAGACAUUGAAGUGGUUGUUUUUAGCGUUUUUUAAUCCAGGCUCCAAGUUUUUAGCUUGCAGUGAUGCUGAAUCGCGGGUGCUGAUAUCGGUGUAGCGUCCGUCGCUGGAAAUAAAAACGCGCGUUUGCAGCCUUGUAAAGAAUAAUGCAACUGGUUUUUAUGCAAGCGGGUGGCAGUUUGAUAUUUUUAAAGCAUGUCUACUUGUGGGGUUUUUACAUAUUUUUCUUUUGCGUUUUCUGUCGUUCUGACUUUUGCUGUGGCUGUGCUUUGCUUUGUAUUUUACAGUGUUGUUUCUCAGAGUUUUGUGAUUUUGCGAGCCCCUGCUUUCAUUUUACUUGUUUUCUUUAAGAGAAUCCUUUUCAAACCUGGUGAUAUUUUAACAUGAAACUUUUCUUCAGGGUUAUUCGCACCAAAAGUUGUUUCUUUUUUGUUUUUUCUUUUCCCUUUCAUUUUUCUAUUGACUAUACUUUUGCAGAUUUGAGUAUCGAAUAUUUUUGGAUGUUAUCAUUUUUUUUUUAAUUAGUUGUUGCAAGUCGGUGGCCGAGAAGUGAUCUUGGGGGAAAAUCGUUGUGUUUUUGGUGUCCUAAUCAAAGAAGAUGAACGACACGUUUCCCUUUGCAGGGCCUGCAGUGGAGGAUGACUGGCAAGACGCAGACCAGCAACGUGACCAACAAGAACGACCCCCGCUCCCUCAACUCCCGGGUCUUCAUCGGCAACCUCAACACGGCCAUCGUGAAGAAGGCCGACAUCGAGGUGAUCUUUGCUAAAUACGGCAAGAUCGUGGGCUGCUCGGUGCACAAGGGCUACGCGUUCGUCCAGUACAUGAGUGAGAGGAAUGCCCGUGCCGCCGUGGCCGGGGAAAACGCCCGGAUCGUCGCCGGCCAGCCCCUCGAUAUCAACAUGGCCGGGGAGCCCAAACCGUACAGACCGAAAGCUGGGUCCAAGCGACCCUUAUCAGCCGUCUACAGUGGUUACGAGUUCGACUACGAUUACUACAGAGACGACUUCUACAGCCGGCUCUUUGACUAUCACAGCCGAGUGGCGCCCCCUCCAAGGGCCGUGAUCCCUAUCAAGCGCUCGCGGGUGGUGGUCCCCUCCACGCGCCGGGGGAAGUCCACCUUCCCCCUCAAGACCUCGUCAUCCUCCUCCUCUUCCUCCUCCAGACCUACCACGUGCGGCUCUUCCUCUUCCACUGGACCGAAAUUGAAGAGUGAUCAGCUGCAGACCAUCAAGCGGGAGCUGACACAGAUCAAAACGAAGAUCGACUCGCUGCUGGGCCGGCUGGAGAAGAUCGAGAAGCAGCAGCGCUCCGAGGCUGAGGUGCAGAGGAGGUACGAGGACACGUGCGAGUCACUGCAAGAGGAGUCCAUAUCAGAGACAGCGGAGAACUCGGCGGAGGAGGUGGGGGACGGGGCGCUGGACACGGAGGCCGGGGAGAUGACCGACGUGGGCGAGGAUGAUUAUGACGAGGAAGGCAGCAACGACCCGAUAGAGAACCAUGUAUCGGACAUAGACAACUGAAAAAGGGAGAAGGAGAGUGAAGCAGAGCCGGAGGAAGAAGGAAGCAAGCGGCAUCUGAGGGUACGGAAACGGUCCCAAGGAAACGCAUAGACGGUUUUCGGAAAAGACACUUUCUCCGGAAAAAAAAUGAAAAUGAAUCUUUUGCUUCUUAAGAAAGGUUUCAUGGACCACGGGAGACGUGGGUCUGACCAGUGUGCACCCUUAGAAGAUGUUCGUUAGUUUUCUCCGACACUGUCCACUUCGCACAUCAAUGUCAUUUAUUCGUAAUUAAAAUCCAUUCAGUCCUACGGAUGCUUUAAAAACCCGUUUGAAUAUCAUAUUUGUUCGAAUAAUGAAAGACUAUAAAGAGGCACUUCAGCACAUAAUGUGUACAUCCGUGUAAGGCAUGCACGAUGCCUGUCGGCGCUUUCUACGAACCAUUUAUAUGAAUGUCAUUGCUUAUUCCGUAUUUUUAAUUGAAGAUGAAGAAUGUCCUACAUCUCCUCCCUUAGAAAUCUGCCAGUUAAUAUUCCUGGCUGGUUCGUUUUCCCCACGUAACCCUGAUAGAUAAAAUCUCAAUAGGCGCAAUUUGCUUAGUCAACUUUUGGGCCCAUUAAUAAAUAAACGAUUCUUUAUAAAAGAGGAGGAGCUAAAGUGAACAAAUACAGAGCGUAGUUCUGAGGAAUUCAGAAAGUGGGUCUUUUUUUAUCACCCCUCACGUAUCUGCUGUGGCUGUAGACACCCCCUUCCGGGACCUGGCACGUCCCACGCGUGUUUGCUGUGACACUUUAUUUCAUCCUGAUGUGUGCCAAAACUUUCUAAUAGGGGGCAUGAUGCCUCACCCUGUAGUUCCCCCCCCCGCUUACUGUUGAGGGUUUCGCCCCCCAUGGCCACUGGCUUCUCAUUACAGCUCUCCAGCUCCUCUUUUUAGUAUUUACUUAGAAGGUAAAUGUCACCGGUAUUCAAGGAGGGCUCUCCACUGAAUAAAAACCAUAAUUUCAAUGUGGUGCCCCCCUUCAAAAAAGCAUAAUGGUACGGUCCAAAGUGUCUGUUGCAUCUGCUUUUCUAUGUUUCAUGAAGAAUAGAAGGUAAAAUGGCAAGUAAAUGGCAGCGAAUGUUCCUUGUAACUUCCAAGGGUGGAGAGACCAGCGGGCGAGGGGGAUGGGGGGGGCAUCCGUCUCCCUUCCCGGACCAUUUGUUUCAUUGUACAGCAGCAGUCUUAUUUCUGAAGGCCUAUUACUCUAAUGGAUAGUGAGCUCUCUAUUUUUGUAUGGCAAUAUCUCUUUCCCCCCCCAGCCCCAGGAUAAAAUGAUCUUAUAUAUUCACUGGAUUUUUUUUUGUCAUUAUGAUUUUAAAAGUACCUCCCAGAUAUUGUGAUAAAAAUGUAUCAAGACGGAUCUAAGCAACUGAGACAACUUCAAAAAUGAAAACCCUUUGAUUUGGGGGAAUCAGACAGUACGGUUCACUUUGUUUUUUAUACAUCAUAAUUACAGUAGGACUCAAAACAGUUACGUGAAUUAGACUUUCCAGGUGGAUGAAAAACUGUGAUUUAUAAAAUGCCCAAGCAAAGUUCAGUUCAAUAUAUGAACAAUGUUGUAUAGAAAUGUAAACAUUUUUGUAAAGCUAUUUUUAUGAUGAGCAUGUUUACUGUUAAGAUGUAUUUUAUUUAUAUUUGAUUGUUGCAACUGUGGUAUGGCUGUAGGCUCCAUUGCAUAGGAAAAAAAAUACAAUUAAAGAUCUCUGGAUGUACA